AAGAGUUGGACGAGGCACAGGAGGUGACAAAGUCCAUCGACACAGUGCCAAUGAGUGUAUGGGAGAAACCCAAGCAACAGUCAAACUAUAAGGACCCCCAGCAACAGGGAGCCAUGGACAGGGAACAGCUGUACUACCCUUCUCCGUAUGACGCCGGAGGCCGUCGCUUGGCGUCUCUGUACGCGCCUGAAGGAUUGCACUCUGGCUGGGCCUCGGCACGAAGCCUGAAUGGUGCAGCGGAUGAGCCAGAGGACGAAAGGAUAGGGCCGCAUCACACGUACGACGUCCCUUUCUUGCGCAGUCUGCCGAACUGUCAGCAGGAGCUGGAACAGCAUUUGCAGAUAAACACAGAAGAUGAGUUGAUGUCUUCAACAGAACGUAUUGAGAAACACAUCUAUUCCAAACCUGCCAUAGUGUACAUGUCGCCAGAAAAGUGCAACAGCCUCCGAAAGUCCCUUCAAGCUGGGAACAUCAUCGAAAGCUAUCCCAACGGAAACGUCUCUUAUGUCUACUCGAGACCCAAGAAGAAGCACUGGAGAAAUCACGAUGAAGAACUGCUCUACGCUGACCACAAACUGCGCAAGCUGUCGAGGUACGCCGAGGAGCUGAAACAGGCGCAAAUGAGCGCAAAAGACAGCGUCUUGGAGACCGGUGUCGAGGCUUACGAACUGUCCGAGGCCGAGUGUGACAUGCCCACAAGACGCUUCGCCAUGCAGAGAUAGGAAGGAACGCAAUCCACAAGCGCAUCUAUAGUGUGGAUGUCAUUUACUUGUGCCUCGUUGAGCGCUGCUCGAAAACGAACGUGAUCACGUGCGCCAUGAAGUGUGACUCAUUUUCCUGGUGAACAUGUUGCCAAGUAUGUCAGUGGACAGUGACCAGCGUAUGCAGCUCAUCAUGCUUCUACGGUGGGAUGUUAAGAGUGACUCUAUAUAGGUAAUCGAGAAUGAUCGACUAAUGUGCCAGACUGGUGACAUAAAAAAUGAAAUAAAAAGAACGUCGCGUAAAGUUUGUGUUUUGCCAUGUUCACCCGUUUUUCGAUAUAGAAAAUUCACCACAUGGUCUCGGAGAAGGAGCACUUUCUGGUCGUCUGUAAAUCAACGCGAAUGGGCUCCUGAAGUUCAAGUGCUAUGAAUUGCAAUUAUCUUGUGAAAAGUUAUCUUCCGUAAUACGAAUUACAUUACGUUGUUCUCAUUGCAAAUCAGUUCUGCGGAAUCC